UCAUAUUUCCUUGUUCCCUCCCCUUCAGAUCUACAGUUUGCAGAUGGGUCUAACCAACAUGUCAGGCUGCAUUAACUGCAGGAACACAUGUUGUUCAGAUCAGAGCUCAAACUUGUUUCACCUUCUGAGAAAGUGAAACUCAGACAGUCGUUGCCACUGAGAGCUGAAAUGGCAGAGAAAGGAGUUCAGCUGGACCGAGAAACAAUCAGCUGUUCGAUCUGUCUGGAUCUACUGAAGGAUCCGGUGACUAUUCCCUGUGGACACAGCUACUGCAUGAGCUGUAUUAAAAGCUUCUGGGAUGGAGAGGAUGAGAGGAAGAUCUACAGCUGCCCUCAGUGCAGACACACCUUCGCACCGAGGCCUGUCCUGGUGAAAAGCACCAUGUUAGCAGCUUUAGUGGAGCAGCUGAAGAAGACUGGACUCCAAGCUGCUCCUGCUGAUCACUGCUAUGCUGGACCUGAAGAUGUGGCCUGUGAUGUCUGCACUGGGAGGAAGCUGAAAGCCCUCAAGUCCUGUCUGGUGUGUCUCGUCUCUUACUGUGAGAAUCACCUUCAGCCUCACUUUGAAUCAACUAAAUUUAAAAAACACAAGCUGGUCGACCCCUCGGAGAAGCUCCAGGAGAACAUCUGCUCUCGUCAUGAUGAGGUGAUGAAGAUGUUCUGCCGUACUGAUCAGCAGAGUAUCUGUUAUCUCUGCACUAUGGAUGAACAUAAAGGCCACGACACAGUCUCAGCUGCAGCAGAAAGGACUGAGAGGCAGAGAGAGCUCCAGGUGAGUCGACAACAAAUCCAGCAGAGAAUCCAGGACAGAGAGAAAGAUGUGAAGCUGCUUCAACAGGAGGUGGAGGCCGUCAGUCGCUCUGCUGAUAAAGCAGUGGAGGACAGUGAGAAGAUCUUCACUGAGCUGAUCCGUCUCCUCCAGAAAAGAAGCUCUGAUGUGAAGCAGCAGAUCAGAUCCCAGCAGGAUACUGAAGUGAGUCGAGUCAAAGAGCUUCAGGAGAAGCUGGAGCAGGAGAUCACUGAGCUGAAGAGGAAAGACGCUGAACUGAAGCAGCUCUCACACACAGAGGAUCACAUCCAGUUUCUACACAACUACCCCUCACUGUCACAACUCAGUGCAUCUACAGACUCAUCCAGCAUCAAUAUCCGUCCUCUGCGCUACUUUGAGGAUGUGACAGCAGCUGUGUCAGAGCUCAGAGAUCAACUACAGGACAUCCUGAGGGAGAAAUGGACAAACAUCUCACUGACAGUGACUGAAGUGGACGUUUUACUGUCAGAACCAGAACCAAAGACCAGAGCUGGAUUCUUAAAAUAUUCACGCGAAAUCACUCUGGAUCCAAACACAGCAAACACAUAUCUGUUAUUAUCUGAUGGGAACAGAAAAGCAGAACAAAUGAGUCAACAUCAGUCUUAUUCUAGUCACCCAGAUAGAUUCACUAGAUAUUUGCAGGUCCUGAGUAGAGAGAGUCUGACUGGACGUUGUUACUGGGAGGUGGAGUGGAGAGGGGGAGGAGUUUUUGUAGCAGUCGCAUACAAGAAUAUCAGCAGAGCAGCAGGCUCGAAUGAAUGCAUAUUCGGACUCAAUGACAAAUCUUGGAUGUUACGUUGUGACACUAACAGUUAUACAUUUUGGUUCAACAGUAUCUCAACUCUCGUCUCAGGUCCUGGUUCCUCCAGAGUAGGAGUGUACCUGGAUCACAGAGCAGGUAUUCUGUCCUUCUACAGCAUCUCUGAAACAAUGACUCUCCUCCACAGAGUCCAGACCACAUUCACUCAGCCUCUCUAUGCUGGACUUUGUCUUUGUCAUAAUGGAGUCACAGCUGAGUUGUGUAAACUCAAAUAUCUACAGUUUAUAGAUGGGUCUAACCAACAUGUCAGGCUGCAUUCACUGCAGAAACACAUGUUGUUCAGAUCAGAGCUCAAACUUGUUUCAGUUUCUAAGGAAGUUGAACUCAGACAGUCGUUGCCACUGAGAGCUGAAAUGGCGCAGAAAGGAAAUCAGCUGGACCGAGAAACAAUCAGCUGUUCGAUCUGUCUGGAUCUACUGAAGGAUCCGGUGACUAUUCCCUGUGGACACAGCUACUGCAUGAGCUGUAUUAAAGGCUUCUGGGAUGGAGAGGAUCAGAGGAAGAUCUACAGCUGCCCUCAGUGCAGACAGACCUUCACACCGAGGCCUGUCCUGAUGAAAAGCACCAUGUUUGCAGCUUUAGUGGAGCAGCUGAAGAAGACUGGACUCCAAGCUGCUCCUGCUGAUCACUGCUAUGCUGGACCUGAAGAUGUGGCCUGUGAUGUCUGCACUGGGAGGAAGCUCAAAGCCCUCAAGUCCUGUCUAGUGUGUCUCGUCUCUUACUGUGAGAAACACCUUCAGCCUCACUUUGAAUCAAGUAAAUUUAAAAAACACAAGCUGGUCGACCCCUCAGAGAAGCUCCAGGAGAACAUCUGCUCUCGUCAUGAUGAGGUGAUGAAGAUAUUCUGCCGUACUGAUCAGCAGAGUAUCUGUUAUCUCUGCUCUCUGGAUGAACAUAAAGGCCACGACACAGUCUCAGCUGCAGCAGAAAGGACUGAGAGGCAGAGAGAGCUCGAGGUGAGUCGACAACAAAUCCAGCAGAGAAUCCAGGACAGAGAGAAAGAUGUGAAGCUGCUUCAACAGGAGGUGGAGGCCGUCAGUCGCUCUGCUGAUAAAGCAGUGGAGGACAGUGAGAAGAUCUUCACUGAGCUGAUCCGUCUCAUCCAGAAAAGAAGCUCUGAUGUGAAGCAGCAGAUCAGAUCCCAGCAGGAAACUGAAGUGAGUCGAGUCAAAGAGCUUCAGGAGAAGCUGGAGCAGGAGAUCACUGAGCUGAAGAGGAAAGACGCUGAACUGAAGCAGCUCUCACACACAGAGGAUCACAACCAGUUUCUACACAACUACCCCUCACUGUCACAACUCAGUGCAUCUACAGACUCAUCCAGCAUCAAUAUCCGUCCUCUGAGCUACUUUGAGGAUGUGACAGCAGCUGUGUCAGAGCUCAGAGAUCAACUACAGGACAUCCUGAGGGAGAAAUGGACAAACAUCUCACUGACAGGGACUGAAGUGGACGUUUUACUGUCAGAAGCAGAACCCAAGACCAGAGCUGGAUUCUUAAAAUAUUCACGUGAAAUCACACUGGACCCAAACACAGCAAACACACAGCUGUUAUUAUCUGAUGGGAACAGAAAAGCAGAACGAACGAGUCAACAACAGUCUUAUUCUAGUCACCCAGACAGAUUCACUGAUUAUGGUCAGGUCCUGAGUAGAGAGAGUCUGACUGGACGUUGUUACUGGGAGGUGGAGUGGAGCGGGAGAGUAGUUCAUGUAGCAGUCGCAUACAAGAAUAUCAGCAGAGCAGGAGACUCGUAUGAAUGUGUAUUUGGAUUCAAUGACAAAUCUUGGGCUUUAAGAUGUGACUCUAACAGUUAUACAUUUUGGUUCAACAAAAUCUCAACUCCCGUCUCAGGUCCUUGUUCCUCCAGAAUAGGAGUGUACCUGGAUCACAGAGCAGGUAUUCUGUCCUUCUACAGCAUCUCUGAAACCAUGACUCUCCUCCACAGAGUCCAGACCACAUUCACUCAGCCUCUCUAUGCCGGACUUUGGCUUUGUUAUGAUGGAGACACAGCUGAGUUGUGUAAACUCAAAUAGACAGAAGUCAUUUCAGACUUCAUGUGUCAGAUUCUGUUGUAAUUCUUCAUG